AUGGCUUUCGCUAUGAGGGGUCUUCCUAAACACCUUUCUCCCCAACAACAUGCUUUCCUUUCCUCCCCCUACACUUUAGCCGAAGUCAAAGCUGCCCUUUUCCAACUUGCUGGAGACAAAGCCCCCAGACCUGACGGUUUGAACCCCACUUUUUUCCAAAAAAAUUGGGAUUCAGCUGGAAAUGACCUUUGCCAGGCUGUCUUAUCGGCCCUCUCUACUAACACCGACUUGGCUCCUGUCAAUGAAACCUUUCUGGUUCUCAUACCUAAAAUAAAAAAUGCGACUCGAGUUAAGGAUUUUCGCCCGAUCAGUCUUUGUACCACUUUUUAUAAGGUCUUUUCCAAAACUCUUGCUAAUCGUCUUAAAUCCAUCCUCCCUGAUCUUAUCUCCCACAAUCAAGGCGCUUUUCUUAGUGAUCGCAUAAUCUUUGACAACAUCUUCAUUGCCAAUGAGGUUGUUCAUGCGAUCAAUCAUCGCAAGACUGGCAAAGUGGGAUGGGCGGCCCUCAAGCUUGAUAUGGAGAAGGCUUUUGAUAAAGUUGAAUGGGUUUACAUCCAGCACAUUCUUCAGCAUUUCGGUUUCCCUGUUUCUUUCAUUUCUCUCAUUCUCAAUUGUCUCUCCUCUGUUUCUUUUCGUCUUCGCAUUAAUAACUGUCUUUCUCAUCCUAUUUUCCCUUCUCGUGGAAUUCGUCAGGGUGAUCCUCUAUCGCCUUAUCUGUUCCUCCUUGUUGCUGAAGGUCUUUCGGGGAUCAUUAAUGCGAACUCUACUGCCAACUCUUUUCAUGGCCUAUCCAUCUCUCGCUCUGCUCCCUCUAUUUCUCACCUCCUGUUUGCUGAUGACAGUCUUUUUUUCACCAAAGUGUCCUCUUCGUCAUGCUCCGCAAUCAAGGACAUUCUUUUGCUCUAUAACAAGGCCACUGGUCAAUCCGUGAAUUUCCACAAAUCGUCAAUUCUUUUCUCCCCCAAUACCCCCCCCCCCUCUGAUCGUCAAAUGUUUAGGGACUCCCUUAACAUGGAUGACAAACCGUUCAUAGACAAAUACCUCGGUGUCCCUCAAUGUUUCUCUCGAUCGAAGAAUUCCUCUUUCCUUUUCCUUUUGCAAAAAGCGAGCUCCAAGUUGUCUGUUUGGAACCAAAAUCUUUUCUCCAAAGCCGGUAAAGAGGUUCUCCUAAAGUCCGUCAUCCAGGCUAUUCCUUCUUACGCUAUGUCUUGCUUCCGCCUACCUAUUUCUCUUUGCAAACACUACAGCCGUCUUAUGUCUAAAUUCUGGUGGGGAUCUCUUGGCCAAAACCACAAAAUUCAUUGGAAAAAGUGGGACAACCUUUGUUCUUCGAAAUUUUUCGGAGGGUUGGGUUUCCGCAACAUUGUGCACCAUAACCAAGCUAUGCUGGCUAAGCAAGCUUGGCGUCUUCUAACUUCCCCGAAUUCUCUGGUUGGCCAACUUUUAAAAGCCAAAUAUUUUAAGCGAAACGAUUUCUUACAUGCGGCCAUUGGCCAUUCCCCAUCUUUCUGUUGGCGUAGUAUUCUUUGGGGUCGGGAGCUUCUCUUGAAAGGUCUCAUUUGGAAAAUUGGGGAUGGCAAUUCGGUUAAGAUUUCUGAAUCCAAUUGGCUUCCAUCCAACGACAAGAUUAUCUUUAAACCUGGUCCUCUCCCUCCCUCCCAGACUGUCUCCUUUUUUAUUACCCCGGAUCGGCAUUGGGAUUUUAACAAACUUCAGCAUUAUUUUGACGAGGGGAUGUGUAACUCCAUUCUAUCUGUGCCUAUAGAUCCUUCUCACUCUGAUGCUCUCAUUUGGAAUCAUCAUCCUUCUGGUUGUUUCACUGUCAACUCUGCCUAUCAUCUGGCUAAUUCCUCCAUAUCUGGCCCUGGCCCUUCCAACCCUGCUAACUAUAAAAGUUGGUGGGUCUCUGUCUGGUCCUCCAGCAUACCCCCUAAAAUUAAACAUUUUGUUUGGAAAGCUUUCAAUCAUAUCCUCCCUUCCAACCUUAACCUCUUUCAUCGUAAAUCAAUUUCCUCCCCUUUCUUCUCUAUUUGUCACUCUCACCCAGACUCCAACACCCAUUCCCUCCUCCAUUGUUCCAGAGCAGGUAAAGUUUGGAAGCACUCUUCUUUUUCUCACUUUUACUCUAUCAAUAAAAACUGUGAUAUUAAGGAAUUUAUGCUUAGAGGUUUUGAUUUUCUUUCUAAAGAUCAAUUUGUCACUUUUUUGGGUUUGCUUUGGUCGAUUUGGAACAACCAGAACAAAGCUAUUUUUCAUUCUAACAGGGAACAUGAUUACUGUUUGGAGAAUUCUGUUAGUUGUUAUUUGCAGGAAUACAAAGAAGCUCAACAUCGCAUAUCCCCUUGUUUUGUCACAUCCCAGCCUUCUUCAACUCUUCAGGUGCCUCCUAACAUGUACCAACUGAAUGUAGAUGCCGCCCUCUUACCCUCCUCAAACAAGCACGGUUACGGAGCAGUCAUUACCAACAGUCGGGGUCAAGUAGUUGCCACUUUAUCCUCCCCCUCAAAGUCAGGGCUCCCGCCAAUUUUUGCAGAAGCCGAAGCUCUCCUCCAUGCUUUGAGUUGGUGCCAGGCAGUCCGCUUUCCACUUGCUAUCAUUGCCUCAGACUGCCAGAAUUUGGUUCACCGUAUUCAGAAGUUCAGUCACGAUCGUUCUGCUCUUUCAGGCUAUAUUUCCAAGAUCGUCUCCUCUUUGUUUCCUUUUCCAGGUGCCUCGGUUCAUUACAUCCCAAGGACAUUAAAUUCCACAGCCCAUGAUCUCGCUCGAGCAGCCCUUGGAACGGACGAAGAGAAAAUUUGGAACUACUCUAGUUCCCUCUCUUGA